AACUACUGCUAGUCUGCUGUAUGCUGUGUAACUGUAAACCGGAGAAGCAGGUAUGACAAACUGAAUAACGAUGAGGAUUAUGUCAUGUUAUUUUCGACGUUUGAUCAUAACAGCAUUGUUUAUACUGUUGCUAUUCUGUGUUGUUCAAGUGUUUCGUUCAGAACUGGGCUUCGACGAUGAAGUGUCGAACUUGAAUAAAUUACUGGGUAUGUCACAGCUGAUCAAAGAGUCUAAACAGCCUCCCAUUGGGGAAGGAAUUGUAGCUUGUAAAUUGCCACAGUUGGACGUUUCCAAUCCAGAGAUUACGAAAUUUAUUCACGACGUUCCACCCUUGCAAUGUACACCAGAAGACUGGGUGGUUCUCAGUGGAUCGAGGCUAGUCAUUAGUAGCAAAGCGAAAAAAAUUCACGUGUCCAUAACUUGUUUCUUCAGUGAGAUUCUCAGAGAUGACGAUUAUUAUGUGUCGUAUAUGCCUCCCAUCGAGUCUGACGACUCGUACGUUCUUAGACACAGCGAUUUCGUUGACGUUAAGUGUCAGUCGAGCAACGGGAAGAGGUGGCACAGUGUGAUGGCUGGGGUGAAGAGCGAUCCCGAAGUGAAACAAGAGAGCAAAUGGGAGAACGUUGGGAAGAAUGCGCUCAAGUUAAACGUACUGAUGUUCGGAUUCGAUUCCCUCUCGCGGAACACGUUCAUCCGCAAAUUACCGAAAACGUAUCAGUACUUGAAAGAAAACUUGGACGCUCUUAUACUUGAAGGGUAUAACAUAGUCGGUGAUGGGACGCCGCAGGCACUCAUCCCUAUUCUCACUGGGAAAAUUGAACUUGAACUUCCAGAUACUAGGAAGCGCAUGGGCUCGAAAGCGAACUAUGUUAACGUGUAUCCGAUGAUAUGGAACGAGUACAAAAAGAAGAGUUAUAUAACAGGCUUUAUGGAAGAUGUUCAUCACAUUGGGACUUUUACCUAUCGGCUCAAGGGCUUCAAGAAGCAACCGACUGAUCACUAUAUGAGAACCUAUUAUCUGGCUGCCGCGCAGUAUUUUAGACACUAUAAAAAAUUCUGUGUCGCAGGCAUACCGAGGCACAUGGUGAUGUUGAAUUACAUGAAGGAAAUUUUCAACGUUUAUAAGCACCAGCCAAAGUUUCUAUUUGGGUUCCAUGGGGAACUUUCUCACGACUCUUAUAAUGAUAUAGGCGUAGUCGACGAUGAUUUGCGUAAUUGGAUACAAGAUUUACAAGAGUUUGGCCAUUUAAAUGACACAGUAUUAAUAUUGAUGAGCGAUCAUGGACACAGAUUUGCAGAGAUUCGUAACACCGUUCAGGGUAAACAGGAGGAAAGAUUACCAUUUUUCUCGUUUGUCUUCCCACCUUGGUUUAAGAAGGUCUACCCGGAGGCGUAUGCGAAUUUCCUGCACAAUACACAUUAUUUGACGACACCGUUCGAUGUGCACAAGACGUUGGAGAAUAUAUUAGAUUUUGAGGCGCCGAAACUUGGAGAUCGACGCCAAAGAGCCAUUAGCUUAUUCGACAAAAUACCAAUAGAAAGGACGUGUGCAGACGCGUUUAUAGAACCGCACUGGUGCGCUUGCCUUAACUGGCAGAAAAUUCCUGGCGAUGACGUAAACGUGAUCGCUGCAGCGAAAUACUUCAUUCAAUUUCUCAACAGUUAUACGAGGGAUCAUCGUGACAUAUGCGAAGAAUUAACAUUGAAAGAGAUUAUGUGGUCGGCUAAACUAAUACCAAAUAAAGACUUAUUGAAGUUCCAAAAGUCCGGCGAUCAAGACGGUUUCGUAGGAGAUUUCAGUGCCAAGACUAAACUAAAUACCGAGAUUUACCAGUUGAAAGUAAAAACUAUACCGGGCGACGGAUUAUUCGAAGUUAGCAUUAGUUACGAUAUAAAAAAGAACAGUUUCUCGACCAAAGUAAGUCUUCUGUUAUACUCCUAAUUCCUAUCCACACGAUUUACACUCACUGGCUCGACAUAGACUGCAAAUUUCCAGUAAGAAAAUUCAGUCUUACAUAAGGUAUAAAAUGAGUCAGAAUAGAAAAAACUGAAUACAUAAUUUAACCUUUAAAUGACUAUACAAAUGUGUAUCUGGGACACGUCUUUUAAACUGAUAAAUAUUUUGCUAUACAUAAAGAUUAGAAACAGGGUGUCCCAUAAAAAUUGUUAGAGUCAAAA